UGUCAAAUUUAUUAUGACGUUUUCUUUUUCGUUCUCCGAAAGAAGUGACGAAUAAAGUGUUUAUUUGCCUUUUAAAUUGCAAAAUAUGGCUGCUGAAAUUAAACCUGCACCGAGGACCCCAAAUGACAGGUUUUCUACAACAAAAAAGCCGGCACUUCUCAAUAAAUUGGAAGGUUGCACCGACGAUGUGAACGCAGCAGUGGUGAUCCCUGGCGAAGACGGAGUUAUUAGUGUUUGCGAUGAUAAGACAGUCCGAGUAUGGCUCAAAAGAGAUUCUGGACAAUACUGGCCGAGUAUUUGUCAAUAUAUGCCAUCUGGAUGUACAUCAAUGUUCUACACUCCCGAGACAAGGCAACUAUUUAUAGGACAGGAAAAUGGCACCAUUUCUGAGUUCACACUAGCCGCAGACUGCAAUAGGAUAAACCCUACAAGGGAAUACUUGGCCCACACUGCACGAGUUACAGCAGUGGUGUUUUCAUUGAGCUGUGAGUGGGUGUUGUCAGUGAGUCGAGACAAGUUAUUCUCUUACCACUGCAGUGAAACUGGAAGGAGAAUCGGUGGUUAUUCCUUCGAGGCAUGGUGCACAGCAUUACAGUUCGAUUCACAGUCGAAAUACGCAUUCGUCGGCGAUUACAGCGGGCAGAUAACAAUGUUAAAGUUAGAUAAUAACUGUGCAACCCUAGUAACGACGCUAAAGGGACACACUGGCUCAGUGAGAGUUUUAAAUUGGGCCCCCAUUCCACAAUUGCUGUUCAGCGGUUCGUUCGACCAAACUAUUAUAGUUUGGGACAUCGGCGGGCAAAAAGGCACUGCGUACGAACUUCAAGGUCAUAGUAACAAGGUGACGGGCCUGUGGUAUGUGGGCGGUUGUCAAAGACUGGUAUCGUGCGGUGAGGACGGCGCCUUAGGGGUGUGGGAGAUGGGGGUGCAACGACGCGAAACGCCCGCGUGGCGCGAGUCCGACCUGUGCCAGCUGUGCCGCGCGCCCUUCAUAUGGAACGUCCGCGCUAUGAUGGAGAAGAAACAGCUUGGUCUUCGCCAACACCACUGCCGUUGGUGCGGCGCAGCGGUGUGCGGUGCGUGCUCGCCACACCGGCUACCGUUGCCGGUUAUGGGCUUCGAAUUCCCACAGAGAGUGUGCGCUGCCUGCUACGACACCUUACGCCAUGAGCCCCGUGAGUCCCUAGCGUCAUUCCACGAUAUGAAACACGCGGUUGGGUCGCUCUUCGUCGACGAGGCGACAGGACGUAUGUGCACGGCGGGCAAAGAUCGAGUCAUCAAGGUAUGGGACAUCAGCAUGCUUCUUGCGCCUGCGCCGGUACCGGGCACCAGUGAACAGUAGCUGCGAUUAACGACGUUAUCAAGACUAAAUUAAGUCGAGAUUCCUCUAACUACUUUGUGUUAACACGAAUCUGUCCGUCAACGAUUAAUCUAUACUGAAUGUCUAUUCUGUGUUUAAAAAUCGAAAAAAAGGAAGAUUAUAUGAUAGAUGUACGGAAAAAAAUUAUUUAUUUUUAAGUUAAAAGAUUUAUUUUUAUUAUUAUUUAGUGCAAGUAAUCUUUGCAGGCAACUUUUUAAAAUGAAUAUUAUAAUAAAAAAAUAUACUUUGUCAAUGUUUUAAAAGCUUUAUUAGGUUUGUUUCUAUUUGCUAAAACUAAACUAAUAUUCGUCUAACGCAUAAGUUUCUUUCACAUCGAAUAUAUUGCUUGAGCAGUUUACUCGCUGGUUCCGAAGAGUGCCCUAUAAAUAUGCUGCUGCUGUCCGUCUGUUCGUCAGUACGUCUAUUUAUCAGCGGACUGAACCGGAUGAACCGUAAUAGGUACACUAUUAACAUUUUCAUAGAGUGUGUACUUCUAUUGCCGCUAUAACAAUGCAAAAAAAAACUUUGUCCGUCAACCGGUGUAGGCACAGGUUGACGGACGGACGCUUUUGACCGGAACACAACAAUGCCGCUUGGCGGCAGAAAUAAGCAUAGCGGAAGCACUUCACCGGACGAGCUCCGUUAUAUAGAGUAAACGCUAGAGUAUAUAUUGCAUAUACUCAUAUUAUUAUAUUGCAUACCCGUACAGAGAGUAUAACUCGCACUUCACACUCGCCGGGUUUUUUCUGUAUUCCGUGAUACGAAAAAAAGUACACCUGCUUUUUGCGAGAUAACGAGACUUAGGAUAAAAUUAUUAUGCUAUUUUAUCCUAAGUCUCGUAAGACUCGUCCUUAUUUUUAGCCUUUCAUAAGCUUAUUUUCAUAAAUUACUAAAUAUCCCUAACGGACGAAGUCGCGUGCUUUAGUUAUACA